AUGAUGUCAACUUCAACUUGUACUAAUAAUGUGAAUAUAUUACCAGGAAUGAUUAGCAUUUUCAAUGUCAAUUUUGAAUCUGUAGAAGAUUACAUAUUACACAAUUAAUUUAUCUAUUUAUAAGAGUAAACUCGUUUUACUGCUUUUUUUUAAGUGUCCAAUUAUACUUUCUUUGUAUUUAGCAACUCUUCUUUAACAUUAAUUAAUACUAAUGUUAUUGGUAGUCAAAUAGGAAUAAUUAAUAAUGGUACUGUCAUUUUAUAAAGCAGUAAUUUAAAUACUUCAUAUUCCGGUUGUUAUAUAAAUUAAGGGUAUUUAUUUAUUUAUAUUUAGGAAUGCAAGAGGUCCUGAAUUUGUUAAUUAUAAUUAAAAAUGUUAUGCUAAUGGUGGUUCUAAUUCUGGAUAUGGAGGUAUUGGAUUAAAUAUUGAGGAUUCAUAUCUAAAUGAUUGUAUAUUCUUAACGAAUUCAACUAGAUUCAUGUUUGAUUUAUAUCCAUAUGGUUAUUUAUUAACUAAUCUCUAUUAAGGAUCAGGUGGUAGUUCAGUCAAUUUAAUUGAAUUAGUCAAACAAUUUGGAAACUUAUCCAAAAAUCUAUAAUAUGGAUUUGGUGGAGGUUCUAUAUUUAUAUAUGCAAAUUUAUCAGUAUAAUUGAAUAGAUCAAUGUUGUUAGCUGAUGGAUCACCAGGAUAUGUUGAUAAUGAGACUAAUUAUAGUAUUGGUGGUGGUGCAGGAGGCUCAAUUAAAAUAUAUUCCACUUAAAUCACAAGCGAUUAAUUUAGUAAUAUUUCUAUGCAGGGAGGAGAUAGUGAUCCUUAAGGUUUAGUGGGUGAAGGAGGUGGAGGAAUUCUUUAAUUUAAGUGUUUAACAACUCCUUUGAAUAUUAAUCAAGCUAAUAAUCUAUCCAGUUAUUGUUCAAGUAGUACAUAUCUAGGAUAUAUCAAAAAUGGAGCUGGUUAAAGAAAUUAUCAAUCUGAUUUAGGAUUAUUUGGAUAACAUGGAAGUCUAGUAGAACCAUUGUGUCCCCCUGGUUAUAGAAUAUUAAAUUUCUCAUGUGUACCUUGUAAUAAUAAUGCUAAGGAACAAUAAUACUCUCUUUGGUGGAGUUCACAAUGUGUACCUUGUCCAUAUACUUAUGUAAAAUUUUAAUAAUUAUCAAUAGGGACAAUUUUAUUAAAAUAAUACAUUUUGUAAUGAAAAACUGAGUUGUUAAACUUCGGAGUGCUGUAUUGAAGAUUUCAGAAUACUUAGAAAUACAGGAAUACAAUUAGUAGUUUUUAUGUUGCUGAUUGUUAUUGGUUAUGGAUUAAGAAGACAAUAUAAGAAGAAAGAUUCUACAACUGAAAAAAACUUUAAUUUUGAGAAUGCUACAAAAGAAAUAAUAGCUGAUAAAAUAAUUACUGAAAGUUUAUAAGAAACAGAUUAGUUUGUUUUAGGAGAUCUAAUGUAUCAUGCACAUAGAAUACCAGUAAUAGGUAAUAAUACUUUUCUUAAUCCAUGGUUUUUACAUUCUGAACCUCCUGUAGAAAUUGACAAGGCAGUAAAUAAAGAAGAGUAUGAGAAGUUUGCAAAGAAUUUCAAUGAGAUUGCAGCUUGGAGUAAAACUAAAUAUAUAAUUUUAAAUUUCUUAGCUAUUUUAUAUUAUCCAUUAUAUUGGGGUUGGUAAACUAAAAUAAAAAAGGAUAAGUAUAAAUAAUUAUCUGCUUUAUUAAAUAAAAAUGAAAUACCAAAAUUUUGGAAAUAAUCAUCAGAUCAAACUUAUGGUAGAUUUAAAAUGACAAAAAGUGCAGAUUACACUCUUUUAUAUAUUGAUAUAUUUAAUUAUAAGAAUUGUGAUCUAAAAUACAUUUAUCUUACGUGUCCUUUUAUUAUAUAUUUAUCAGGUGAAGGUAAUUAUUUAAGACCUUUUUAUUUAUGUGAAUCAGAUUAAUUUUUAGUCUCACUUUUUUUUGCAGUAAAUUAAACUAAAAAUUCUAUUUAAAAUAGAUAAAAUAUAUUAACUAAUUUAGUUUGUAAAGAUGAAAGAGAAGAAAACUCAAAAGAAAUUAGAAGAUUUUUAAAGAAAUUCAAUAAAGUAGCUAUGACUUUAGAUUUAGGAGCACUUGAUUAGAAUUUCAUAUCAAAUUUUAAAAGAUUAUUUGAUUUAUUAGAGAAAUGGAAUAAUUAAUUCUUUAGUAAUCAUAAUGUAAAAUUGUAAUUAUUGGUUGCUCAAUUUCCAUUUGAUUCUUAACAUCAAUCAUCAACAAUUACAUUGAUUGAAAUGAAAUAGGAAUCAUAAUUUAAAGAAUUUAUGAGAGAACUUCAUAAAAAUGUUAUUUUUCAAAAAUUAUAAGAUGUAAAAUUUGGUGUAUUUAUUUUUAAUACAGAAUAAGAUCCUGCUGAAGUUGAUUAAUAAUUAAAAAAUUAAAAACUUAGUUUUAAUGAUAUUGAAGAUUUUUCUAUUAGAAAUAUCGAAUAUGAUUAUGAUGAUGACAAUUCUAUUGAUGUUGAUUUGUUAAGAGAAUAAUUUCUAUCUAAAAGUACUGAAAAAGAUCAUUUAUAAAUGGGUCACACAAAACAUUAAUUUAAAUAAAUUACUAAAAAAUAAAGUCAAAGACCAAAUUCUUUUUCUAAAACUUAUCAUCUCAUUAUCAGAAUAUUUGAUUACAUUAGAUUUCAAUCAUUUUCUCAUAAAAGAACCUUUUUAGAUAAGUAUACAUUGAUCAUUAUGAUCUGUAUAUUAAUCUUAUUAGAUAAUGUAAUUAUAUAUUUAUAUAAUAAUAGUUCUUGUUACAAAGCAUUUUAAGUUUGAUUACAGAGAAAUAUAAUCAAUUGAAAAGUUCUAAUAAAUCAUCUAAUAUUAUGAGUUUGUAAUUAAUUUUAUUUCCUUAUCCAUUUACUAUAAUACUAUCUAAUCUAUUUGAAUCAAUAUGGGUAUUUAAUUAUAUUAUCUUAGAUACCUAGUCAAUCUUAUGGUAUUUUAAAAUUAUAUUUGAUCUUUAAUGCAAUGGCAACAUUUUAAUAUUUUGUGAGUUUGCUAAUAUUUAUAGGCUAUCAUCAUAAAUCAUAAAUUUGCAUUUAGGAUACCUUGACCUUUUUAUCAUUUUUAAUAAAGAUCACAUUAAAUCAAUUAAGUGAGAGAUUAAUACCAAUGAGUACCAAAUUGAAUUAAUUGAGCAAUGAAAAAUAAAUAUGA